AUGGCAGAUGACCUAAAGCGACUCCUGUAUAAAAAGUUGCCUAGUGUUGAAGGGCUCCAUGUUAUCGUUGUCGUGUCAGAUCGAGAUAGAGUACCUGUUAUUAAAGUGGCCAACAGCAAUGCUCCAGAGCAUGUGUUAUGGCCUGGCUUCUUGUCUACUUUUGCCCUCGCAACAGACCUAGGGAGCAAACUGGGACUUUCAAAGAACAAAAGUAUCAUCUGUUACUAUAACACCUACCAGGUGGUUCAAUUCAAUCGCUUACCUUUGGUGGUGAGUUUCAUAGCCAGCAGCAAUGCCAAUACGGGACUUACUGUCAGCCUAGAAAAGAACUUGCUCCAUUAUUUGAAGGCUUGA